AUGUUGCAAGGAUCACCUGCGACCCACGGGCCAUCCAAUGUAUUAAACUUGAACGCAACUUCAGCUGCGGGUGUAACGGUGACCUACCAUCGAGGAUUACCAAAGAUCACGGUACCUUUGCCAUCCAGACAAGAACAUUGCGUGUUCACACUGAAACCGAUAACCCAUACAGUCGGCGAUUUCCUUCGGCUAUUGAAAAAGGAAGAUCGUGGUAUAGAUCGAGCUGUCGUCAUGACGAUCGACGGUGUCAGGAUAGGUUCCAACAACACAGUCGAAUCCCUACUGGAAGACGACUUCCGGUUGAUCCUAAACAACAAUGAAUACCUUGUCUCACCGCCUUUGCACCAUAAACUGACUAUGGAAACUAUGGAGAAGCUGUCGGACGUCCAAACGUUAGUCUGCCAAUUGUACGAAGCGUUUCAUGUAAGAGAAUACCAUGCCGACAUGGAGAAGCAAGUAUUAGCCGAAUUAGAGGCAGUGAGAUUGGAACUACAACCUUUCGAACAGAAAUUACAAGAAUUAGAAACCAAGGCUGCAAGAAAUGCAAACUUCUUCAUCUACUUCUGUCUGAUCAUGAUGUCUGUUCAGUUCAGCGGCCUAGCGAGACUAACCUGGUGGGAAUACUCAUGGGACAUAAUGGAACCGGUCACAUACUUUGUUACAUAUGGUACAACGAUGGCCUGGUUCGUUUACUUCGUCUUAACGAAACAAGAAUACAUGCUGCCUGACGUAUUAAAUAGACGACAGCUAAUCGCCCUUCACAGGAGAGCAAAGAAGAUGGGACUCGACAUAAAUCAGUACAAUAUUUUAAAAGACCGAGCCUACGAAUUAGAGACUACCUUGAAGAUAAUCCGUGGACCUCUAUACGAUUAUCGAAGUAAGUUGGAACAAAAGAAGAGGGAAAGAUCAAGGUCGAGUUCGAGCAGUUCAAGAUCACCGAGUUCCUCGCCUAGUCCUAGUCCUAGUCCGGAAAGGAGUCUUCCUAAAAAGGGAAUCUUUCCAGAGAAAGACGCGUCCAAGAAACCAGUUAACGAGGAAACGCGAUUUAACCCAACUUGGACGCACAAAGAAACGAGGGAUUAA